AAAAAUACCCGAAAAGAUUCUUUAGAUCCCAUAUCACCAAUAUUUGCCAUAUUAGAAAAGUGGGUUACAACGUUUUCAGAAUCCAAAGAACACGAUAGCCAAAGCAAACACUUAAGGAAACCAAAAGAUAAACAGGACAGAGCUGAGAAGGUUUAG